AUGACGCAAAAUCACUACCACAUCCUCGGCCUCAACAUGAGUGCUGGAGCAGAAGAGAUCAAAAGACAAUACCGCAUUCUCGCACUGGCCUUUCAUCCAGACAAGAAUAUUCAAGACAUAGAGACCGCUACCGCUAAAUUCAAAGAAGUCCAAAAUUCCUAUGAGGUUUUGAGCGACCCAAAAAAGCGUCUCGCCUACGACGCUACUCUCCGCGACGGAAGUGACUAUCAACCCACCUUCUCAGCCAAAAAGCCCGCCAAAAAGCACGCCAAGCGACCCCAAUACGCCGCCAGAUGCGAUGACCACCAAGACUCAGAUAGAGAGUGGGACUGGGACUUUGAGUUCGCAGAAAAAGAUAUACAGCGCCAAAGAGAGAUAUUGCGCAAACAGGGCUAUAACAAUACCUUGAUAGAAGUAAUGCUUCAAGACAGAAUCAAGUUCUUCAACACUCGAGCAACAGAGUGUAGAGAGUGGAACAGGGACCAUACGACGAAAACGGACGGCCAUACGCCCGAAGAAUCCUGGGAUGACAGAGACACGCCCAGAGCGAAAGUGAGAUCUACUGCGAGGCGGGAGAAGAAGAGUUCAGCAUCUGGUGCGAAAGGGGAAAACACUGUGAAGGAAAAGUUCAAGGCCUGCGGUACUGCAGGAGUCAUACCAGACAUUACUAUUGAGGAUGGAGACGAACUCUCAGAGGAGGAAAUUAUCAUGCUGCUCAAGGAUCAACUCACACCAGAAAGAACUGCUGAUUCUCCUCUCUCCAAGAAGGAAGCAAGGGCAUUGAAGAGGAAGGAGCAGGUGAAGACGGAGGGUCAAGUCAAGGGUUCGACAAACGAUAACGAUCAGGUCUCCUCCGCAGAUAUCAAGACGGGACAGCCGAAGAAGUCCAAUAUCGCAACCGAAAAUGCCACCAAAUUCGAUACAUCAGAUUACACGACAGGCCAAAAGGUUCCGCCAACUCAAUCUAAGGACGACGUACCUCCAAAAAUUCCAACGAAGAAAGUAACGAAAACAGAGGAGGACUUCCUUCCACCAAUUCCAUCGAACCUCAAGAGCCGGAUUCAGGACAGCGUACAGGAGAUGUUCGUCAAGGAGACCAAGAAGUGGAGGGGUGUUGUAGAGGUUGAACAGAUUGUGCAGCCAUCUGUUCCGGAGGAGCUUUUGUCUGCUUUGAAGAUGUUUAAGGGCUCGUUUCGGAGGAAUCUAGUAUCUGGCAUGUAAAUUUGAAGCUGUGCAUGUUGAUGGGAGGGGUUUCGUUGUCGC